GAAAUAUUUAUUUGUUCAAAAUGGCCACCGUGAGAGUACAAGCGAAAACUUUACCGCUUUUACGGCAGUCUUUUGCAAUCUGGCAAGCUAAAAGGUAUUUGAAUGUUUUCUGUAAAUUAUGAGACUAAUAUCUAUUUUGAUUUUGAAUUUUUUCGUUUUGUUUACACGCUAUAAAUGAUUCCAAAAAAUUUUUCCCCAGGUGCUUAGGAUUAUGUUGCUGUCGGCUUUCACCCGGCUUCGACGCUAUUUCGAAGAAAAAGAACCAAGGCACUCUGGAAUCUAACAGUCAAAGCAUAUGCGUGAUACCAAAGAGAACUUUAUUAGGAUCUUUCAUUCCGAAUCCCCUCACUGCGUCUAACUCGCGAAGAAAAAAGUAUUCAGAAAGGCGGAUACUCGGGUGAGCUUUGGACCUUCAGUACCGUAGUUUGUUAUGAUUGUUUCUGUUGAGUCAUAAGUAGUCACAGCAUUACAAUAUGGGGACUAAUCUGCUAAUGUAGGCUUUCAGACAUUGAGAGGAUAAGUGUAUGACCCUAUUGUUUUGUUUACAUCUUUGAUUUCCCAUAUGAUAAGGUACUUUUAAAAAUGACUUACAUCAGGUUACAAUACUUCCUAUUUUACAGCAGUUACGGUUAACUACUGCAUGUACUGAUAAUGCAAUUUUGUAAUGAUUCAUGGUUGUUUCACCUACAAGUCAUUUCGCUGGUGCCCAAGCCUGCGUACCUGGCAGGAUCAUCACAUCGGCCCAUGUUGGGGCAGAGGAGUUGUGAAUCUGUGCAGAGAAUGGGGAAGAGACACUUUGAAGGAAUUUCUUGCUCAUUCAGUGAUGACUUCUUGGAAUAACAGGUUCAUCGCCAAAAUUUCCUACUUUUGAGGAUGAACAAUUCCGCCAGCUACACAGGCUACCAGCACCCUGUUCCCUUACGUCUUGAAUGUUCAUUAAGAUGUUAGGUCCUUCCCUAACUAUGACAUGUAUUAGACUUCUUUUUGUCAUGGCUGAAGGAACGACCUACAAACAUUAUUUUGUAGCCCUCAUUUCAUUUCUUAAGAGAAAUUACUAUUAGCAAAUGGGGCAUUAACACAAUGACACAUAGGUACAACAACCAGUUACCUUAGUUUACCCUUCUUGAUUCCAAGAAAGACUCAAAUGGGAUAGUGCACUGUUGGGAGCACUCACCUUUCUCUCUUUGUGCCUUCAUUUCCCAUCCCUCAUGCCAUAUGUGGUUUGAGUUUGUUGCUGGUCAUCUUCUCUACUCCAAGAGGUUUUUCUCUGGGUGAUACUGUUUUCCCCUCUUCUCAAAAACCAGUAUAAUUCUAAUUCAAUCUGGAAACGAAAAAGGUUUUUCAUCUGCUCUGGCAAAGACAUUUGGUAUCAAAUUUCAUGACUUAGAGCAAAGUUUGAGAAAAAAUCGAGUAUUUCAUUCGAAUUGCUGAUGAACUUUUUUUUCGACAAUUCGAACGAAAUAUUCUAUUUUUUUUCAAACUUUGCUCUGAACCUUGAAAUUUGUAUACUGAAGGUCCAGAGGUUUAUCAGUUCUUGUAACGGUCAAGUUCAGGCUUUUCACUCUUUUUUAAACUAGAAGGGUGCCUAAGGUUGAUUAGGCGAGGAAAGUUGGAAAAGUGGGUUGAGAGUCCACUUGUCCAUUUUGCUUAAAGUGCUUAGAGAACAUUGACGGAGUACCAGUACCUGGGUCCUAGCUUCUAAUAAGACCCAUGUAAAAGUCACAGUAACUCUCUAAAUAAAGUUAGUUACAUGUAGAUAAAGACAAGAAAAUAAAAGUUUUCCUUUGGGAUGACUCAGAUCAGGAUCAGUGAUCAGAGAUCUCUUGGAUCAUAGUAUACCAAAGGAAUCAUUGAAUCCACCCUGGGCAAGGUUUCAUCAGUUCCUCUGAUGUGCUGUGAUCUGAUUACUGCUCAUGGGUCACUGAUCAUGAUCCAGAUCAGAUUUCAGAUUCAGAUUUUUUUAUUUAUUGCACUAUUUCAAGAGUUUACUACAACAAAAACACAAUACAUUACAAAAGUAAUUAUAAAAUGACAUUAAAAUUUACAUAAAUCAUCAAAGGUGAAAUGUGCACAGUGACCAAAGGAGCUUAUGCUUUCGAGGUUGGUAACUGUUACGUGCAACUAACUGGUGUAGACAUUUAACAUAUAAUAGAGACGGGAAAAUUAAAAGUGCAUAAAGUCAUACUUACAAUUUUAUAUAAAAAACAAUAGAAAUUAGAAUUGAUAGCGAGGGCAGAGAAAUCAAAUUACUCAUUGGGUAGUUAUUAGGUACAGUUUGUAUUGCUUGUAGAAGCUAUUAUAAGAACGUUUUUGUAAUUUAGAGGGAAUUUUUUCCCAGAUUUUAAAACCAGCAAAAGCAAAAGUGGCAGCUCCAUAAUUUAUUUCUUUUCCUUCAAUGGCCAAUGAAAAUUAAGGUUCCCUAAGCUAGUUUGAAAUCAUUUCAACCCUGAGAUCACUUUAAACCCAGCUUUUCAUUUUUCCAACAUAUUUUAUGUUUUCAGUUAUUCAAUGGAGGACAUGUAUGCAGUUGUUUCUGAUGUUGAAGAUUAUAAGCACUUUGUUCCAUGGUGCAGGGACUCAGUUAUUUUGAUCAGAAAGCCAGGUCAUCUAAAAGCAAAGUUAGCAGUUGGUUUCCCACCUGUGGUGGAAAAAUACAGCUCCUCUGUUACGCUUGUUCCACCAAACUUAGUGAAGGUAUCAGUCAGCUUUAACACUCAAAACAGAGCUGAGUUUUACUCAAACUCAGGGUUGUCACUAAGAUUUCAAGUUGCCGGGUAAAUACAACAAGUAGGCGGGGAAUCAAAUGGCCAGGGAUUUCUUUUGGUUCUAUUUUUCUUCUAUUUUCCGAUAAAAGUAGCCGGGGGCUACUCUCUUAGUAGCCAGGGAAAAUCCCCGGCCCCUGGCUCUUAAUGACAACCCUGCAAACUGGUUAACUUUUGAUGGUGGGUUAACUGUACUAACAGUCCAGAAGAGUUCUCAUAGUACACACUGGAUGUGUGCGAAUUACCCUUUGAAAAAAUUGGCCUAGGUUUUUUUAAAAUAAUAUUCCUCUCAAGGGAGAAUGAAUGUGUUCAUUAUAGUAGACUGUGAGCAGUCCUUCUUUUUCUUCAGAUUUAGUAAUGGGAGUGCACAGCCACGCGAGAAACGAGGGCAGCAUCCCACAAAGAAAAUAGCUCUUUUUUCAUGCCUCUCCCGUCUCACGCCUUCAGUCACGUGAAUGUUCAUUUGCAUGUCUCGUGCAUUUUGCUCGAUGAACUAAGAAAAAAGAGAGACUGCUUGUAGUUUAUCAAUAUAGGAAACAAAAAUUGGUCACGUCAAUAAAAUUAAAAAUUUAAAAGCCAAUAGUUGAUAGCAUUUGUUGUGAUAAUAAUAAUUAUUAUCGCGGCUUCUUUCUUGGAGAUAUUACUUGCUCAGAAAAUAUUGUUGCUCUUGAUUACACUGUAGGCUGAGUGCACGGAUGGAGAGAUGUUUAAUUAUAUGAAACAUGGGUCCGAGGGGAUCACGGCUGGCCACCACAGAAAUCGAAGACGCAUUCUAUUUUAUUCGCCCAAGGGCCUGCAUUCAAAGUGGGUUACGAGAUAGAGCCCUUCUCUAUUCUUGAUCUUUAUCCAAUGAUGUGCGAUUUACUGGGUAUAGAACCUCGCCCUAACAACGGAACCAUGGCAACUGUGAAGAAGAUGUACAAAGACGAGCCUGACAACGAGCCUGACGGGGAGAAACCGACCGCUGGUCAAUGGAGCGUGAUCACGUGGUCAUCUCGUGCUUUAGUUGCCGCAGGUGCUGUUGCUGUUAUGAUGGUUUUGUGACAUUUCUUCUAAGUUUGUUGUCGUUUGUUCAUUUCUAAGCUUUAGUUCGCAUACUGGACAGUAUGAAGUACAGAGAUGUGAAUAGGUUAGUCUUUUCUACGGCCUGGAGCACAUUGUAUAAAACUUGCUAUUUAGCAGCCAUGAUUGUUAAUUGAGUGCUAACUUGUUAAUCCUUAUUCAUAACAAGCAUUCAUUGCAGAGAAACUUGUAUUAAGCGCGCGGAAAACCGUUUCGGUAGGUCCUGAACUUCUCCUCCAUUUUAAAGUUUCUUGUUAAACGAACCGCCUGUAUUUAGCAGGCACCCACGGGUGUUAAAGGAGCUGUGCCAUAAGAUGUAUCAAAAUGCAGACAGUUGGGAUCGCCAGCAAAUUGAGUUGAACAUGUACUGUGUAACUGCUCAAAACAGUAAAAUAAGUUAUAAAUAAAACAGUAGAUAUAAAAGUAGGCGACAAACUUGAAGAAGAUCGAAACGGAUUGCAACUGUGGUUUUUUAAAACUUUAAAAAGUUUAUCUCGUUGUUUGCUGAACGUUUGAAAAAUGCUUAGGAGACAUUUUUGUCCGACAAGAAGCUGUGAUUUUGUCUGAUUUAUAAGUAAUUUUUCAAGUUCAAUUAUUAACAAAAUGAACAAGAAAGCCGUGACAAAGUCCUUUUUAGCGGACACUAAAGACUUGUGAUUGCUUUCACCAGGACUUUUUAGAAGCUUGUUUUUUAAAAUGGCACUAUACUUUAGAAUGUAACAUUUUAUUAAAACCUGAAACAACGA